GUCCCCGCUGGGCUUCCGUAGAUGAGGAAAGGCACCUUCCCUCCUCCCGCUACCCCUCCGACAGUUGACGGGCCGACUGUUGAAAAGCGCUUCGUCAGGUGACAGGCGGUUGGCUUCCAGAUGCGCGCGGGCGGAGAGUAGUAGCGCGAGGGAGGGGGCCAAAUGGAUGAGGCGGCAGUUGAGGAACCGCCGCCGCCUCCGCAGCUGAGCGGCGACAGCGGCAAUGUCUCUCAGAGCCACAGCAGCGCCUCCGGCAUCGGGGAGGAGGAGGAAGAAGACGCGGCCGAAGGAGAUGCCUGCGGAGCGGAGCUGCUGCUGGCCGCGGCCGCGGCGGACUACGCCGGGUACCUCCUGCCAUCGCCGCUGGGAGGAGUCGCCCCAACCGGGCAGAUUGAAACCUUAGACAAGAGUCUGGAAGAUUUGCUGACCAGGGUAGAUGAGUUUGUGGGGAUGCUAGACAUGAUUCGAAGUGAUUCCUCUCAAGUAGUAAGUGAAAGUGUGCCUCAUAUUCAUGCAAAGGCAAUGGAAAUGAAGCAACUGUAUAGAAAGAUUGACAAACUGGAGGCCUUUGUAAAAAUGGUUGGAAAGAGUGUGUCAGGGAUGGAAGAACAGAUCACAAAGGCAGAAUCAGACCUUGGAGCGUUUCCAAAUACUUUCAAAAAAUUUCUACACACAAUCAAUGUGCCAUCUUUCCUUAACAAAUCAUCUUCCUCAAGGCAGAAUCAAACAGUUUAUGAACCUCCUGAUCUCUUCAAGACAGAAGACUACUUCCCUUCCCUUGGUGAAGCACAGUAUAUGUGAUUUAGCUUGACAAUGACAUUAUUGAAAAGAGAGUGUUAUCUAAGUGAGUUCAGUGCUGGUCUUAGGUAGUUGCAAUUCUUUGGAAAUUAUGUCCUGCUGCCUCCCAUGUGUCCCAAGGCCUCUUCAAACAUACUUCAGCUUAGUUUUGUAUAGAAUACUGUUUUUUCCAGUCUUCCAACAAGGUGAACUAUACACUCAUGUUUGGCAGCUAACCUUUGCAAGUAACCCAUUUUGAAGGCAAGGAGAUGGGGUUGGGCUGUGAGUCAAGCACACAGUCAUGCCACAUGACUUUUAAGACAUAAGCAAUCCUUCUUAUUUUAUGUGUAGGAAAGAGGAUAAGAGUGUGCAGAAUGGGCUUCCUUAUGACCAGCUCCCUACCAAACACCUUUUUUACCUCUUCAGGCCAGAAAGUGUCAGGGAAGGCAAGUGGGGAAGUUAACACACGAGUUAAUACCUUCCUUUCUUACACUAGCCCCUAAGGAUGCCAUAAACACACACACAUACCUGCCUUUUUUACUUGUCAAUAUUGAAAGACUAGGUAGAAGCAGGUAUACUCUGUGUUCCUUAGAUCUACAGCCCCUUCUUUGGGCCUGAAAUGACUUGUGUGGAGAUGGAAGAGGCCAGGCAAUAGAACUCAUUUUUGUCUUCCUGUGCCCAGGAGUGGAUUGGCAUAUGGGCAACCAGUUGCCAUACUCUCUUAAUAUUUUCUUGGUUAUUCUCAUUUCAGAAAUUGGAAUAAAAAAUGUAUAAAUAC